CCGGCCGCCUGUCCCUUGCCCGAACAGACCGCAAAAUGUAGCGAGCGAGAAAGACGUGAGGAAGGAGUAGAGGGAGGAAUGGAAAAUAGGAGCGUAGUGUGGCACAAGAAAAGGACGAGCACAGGAAGUGGAGGGCUGGUGUGGGGGUGAAUCUGUGACACCGUCAGGCAUUUAUCAGGGACACCCAUGGGCCCUUCUCCCCCUGCUACGGACUCGGGGAGGCUGUCCCUUCCUGUACCCGGCUGAGGCUGCUCAAGUGCUGCGGUUCGCUGCUUCAUGAUUUUCUGCCGAUUCUGGGCAAAGAUGGCAACCAAUGAUGCUGUUCUGAAGAGGUUAGAGCAGAAGGGUGCAGAGGCAGACCAGAUCAUUGACUAUCUCAAGCAGCAGGUUGCUCUUCUCAAGGAGAAAGCAGUUUUGCAGGCAACUCUGAGAGAAGAAAAGAAACUUCGAGUUGAAAAUGCUAAACUGAAGAAAGAAAUAGAAGAACUGAAGCAAGAGCUGAUUCAGGCAGAAAUCCAAAAUGGAGUGAAGCAAAUUCCAGUCCCAUCUGAUACUCCACUGCAAGCUAACUCUGCAGUUUCUGAAAAUGUGAAGCUCUCUACAUCGGUGUCGACCACCUCUUCGAGUAUAAAAGAGCAGAUUAAACGAGAGGGAGGAGAAGAAAAGAAGGUAAAAGAGAAAACGGAAAAGAAAGGGGAGAAAAAAGAGAAGAAGCAGCAGUCAGCAGCAGCAAGUGCUGACUCUAAGCCAGUAGAUGUUUCACGUCUGGAUCUUCGAAUUGGUUGUAUCAUUACUGCCAAAAAGCAUCCCGAUGCCGAUUCAUUGUAUGUAGAAGAAGUAGACGUGGGAGAAGCAGCCCCAAGAACAGUCGUCAGUGGACUGGUGAAUCAUGUUCCUCUAGAACAGAUGCAAAAUCGGAUGGUGAUUUUACUGUGUAAUCUGAAGCCUGCAAAAAUGCGAGGAGUGCUGUCUCAAGCAAUGGUGAUGUGUGCUAGUUCACCAGAGAAAGUGGAAAUUCUGGCCCCUCCCAGUGGGUCUGUUCCUGGAGACAGAGUUACUUUUGAUGCUUUCCCUGUCACUGAAGAGCUAAAAAAGGACAGACAACAGAGCCAAAAAAUUUCCUCCAUUUUGUUAUUUGUAUGCACAUGAAAUAUGUAUUGAGAGAGAGAACAGAGAAUAAAGUAUUUCCAGUAAUAAGAUAGUCUGCUUCCCUAUCAGUAAGUAGAAGAGUUCUUUGAUCUGUUACUUAUCUUUAAACUGAGACCAGAGAUACUUCACUCCUCAUUUGCCUUCUGUUGAUUAUAAAACACACAUUGUCACUUAUUGCAAAUAGAGGGAUUAGGAGUGGUAUCUGCUUAUUCCAGGGCCAUUUGUUUCUUUCAUAAGCCACGGCGUGCCAUAUCAGAAGGCCUGGUGCUGUCCCAGGAGUAGUAGGCUCUGGUGUUGUAUUCUGUCUGUGCCUGCUGCUGGUGUGACUGCAGUUUAUCUUCUCUCUCCUUCAGUUUCUCCAUGUGUCAUAUCAGAACCAAGAUUGUUGUAUGUAUUUCAGGCAACAGCAUGUGCUCCUAGUGUUUAGAAAGUGCUCCUCCUGUAUUGUUACUGCUCCUCAUAUAUUGCCCCUGCCACAUGUAAAAGUCCAACACAUCUGCAUGGGCUCCUGUCUUCCCACAUUUUCUUUACAUGGUGAAAUGAAUAGCUUACAAUUUUUUUUGAGUAAUUUGGGGCUGGGGGUUUAGCCUAAAUGAUAGCAUGCUUGCCUUGGGUUUAAUCCCCAGCACUUCAGUAAUAACACUAAUGAUGAUAAUUUGGGAAAUGAAUUAUUAACCUAUAUUAUCUGCAGAAAUACUUCAAAUAUGUGUUCAGUGCUCCUAAGGAAAUUACAAUAACCAUUUUAUUUUACCAAUCAAGAGCGUACACUGCAGUGUGAAAAUAAGGUGAAAUGUAAGGAUUCUGGUUGAAGCUUAGGAUCAAGUGCUGUCUGAACGCUUGAAAAGCCUGCGUAUCCAGAGCGUCC